AGACCGCGGGCGGCCGGGAGAGAGGAGAGCGCGCUGGGAGCGCCGGCCGUGGGUCUGGAAGAUGACACACAACGCAGUUGCCUUUGCUCUGGCGGCAGACUAGCGGGAGGAAAAGUAUGACACAAAUUUGAUGUCGGUGUCUGCUUCCCCAAGGUCAAGAAAUUAUCUCCUUAGAAGGCAACAGUACUAUGCAUGUUAUGAAUUGUGUCUCCUUGGUCAGUGAUAAAGGAAAUGGGAAUAUUGCCACGACAGCUGGAUUCAUGAUUGGGCAGACGCCGCCACCGCCACCUCCUCCUCCGCCCCCUCCACCUCCACCAUGCCCAUACUCAGGGGAAGGGUUUCCUCCCUCUCCUCCCCCUCCCCCUCCCCCUCCACUGCCUGGGGGGCCUCCGGUCCCCCCUCCCGCCCCAGGACUACCCCCAACCUCUCACCUGAACGGCUACAGCCACCUCGGUAAGAAAAAGCGGAUCAGAAGCUUUUUCUGGAAAACCAUUCCAGAGGAGCAAGUUCGUGGCAAAACCAACAUCUGGACCUUGGCAGCCAGGCAGCAGCAUCACUACCAAAUUGAUACAAAGAGCAUCGAGGAGCUGUUUGGGCAGCAAGAAAACACCACCAUCUCUUCCCCUUCUGGGAGAGGAGGGCCUUUAAAUUCGUCCUUCAGGGAGGGCAGAGAAGAGAUUACUAUCUUGGAUGCAAAACGGAGCAUGAACAUUGGGAUAUUUCUAAAGCAGUUUAAGAGGUCUCCUCUGUCCAUUGUGGAAGAUAUUCAUCAAGGAAAGAGUGAGCAUUAUGGAUCGGAGACAUUACGCGAAUUUCUUAAGCUUUUGCCAGAGUCAGAGGAGAUAAAGAAACUAAAGGCAUUUAGUGGAGACGUGGCCAAGCUGUCCCUAGCAGACUCCUUUCUGCACUGCUUAAUUCAGGUGCCAAACUAUUCACUGCGGAUUGAAGCCAUGGUGCUAAAGAAAGAAUUUUUGCCUUCUUGUUCUUCUCUAUACACAGAUAUAACCAUUCUAAGAACCGCUACAAAAGAGCUGAUGUCAUGUGAGGAACUACAUUCGAUAUUACACUUGGUGCUGCAAGCAGGGAAUAUCAUGAAUGCAGGAGGGUAUGCUGGCAAUGCAGUAGGAUUUAAACUAUCUUCUUUGCUCAAAUUGGCAGACACAAAAGCAAAUAAACCUGGGAUGAAUCUCCUGCACUUUGUUGCACAGGAAGCCCAGAAGAAAGAUGCCGUGCUUCUAAACUUUUCUGAAAAAUUGCAUCAUGUUCAGGAGGCUGCUAGAUUAUCUCUGGAUAACACAGAGGCAGAGCUGCACUCACUCUUUGUCAGGACAAGAUCUCUAAAGGAGAACGUCCAGCGGGAUGGCGAGCUCUGUCAGCAGAUGGAAGAUUUCCUUCAGUUUGCCCUGAAAAAGCUGGCAGAGCUGGAGCGCUGGAAGCAAGAGCUCCAGGAUGAGGCCCACACCCUCAUCGACUUUUUCUGUGAAGACAAAGACACCGUGAAACUGGACGAGUGCCUUCAGAUAUUCAGAGACUUCUGUGUCAAAUUCAACAAAGCAGUGAAGGACAACCACGACCGCGAGGUGCAGGAGCUGAGGCGGCUGCAGCGGCUGAAGGAGCUGGAGCAGAAACGGCAUUCCUGGACGGCUGGGGAGCUUGGAUUCGGCCGGAGCAGCAGUGAAAAUGACGUGGAGCUGUUGACUCAGAGGGGCGUGGAGGACCUGCCCCCUUUCCUGCACUCCAGGCCCAUCAGCCUCUCCUACCGGCCCCCCAACACCCGCCGCUCCCGCCUCUCCCUGGGCAUCACAGCUGACCGGGAGCUGCUGACCUUCCUGGAGAGCUCCACGGGCAGCCCCGAGGAUCUCAAGUUCCACAGCUUGCCCCGGAGCUGCCCCCGGCAGGCCCCGGCCAGCAGAGCCCGGACGGAGCCUGGAGAACAGAGGGACCAGGGCUCCAGCCCAGCACACAGACCUCCGGCCUCGGAGGGCCAGGAGGAAGCCCCCCACCCCACCUCCGCUUGGCCGAGCCAGCUCCUGGCCCCCGGGCCUGAGGAACCCGCCUCCGCCUUACCCCGAGUUCGGGGCAAUGGGGUCAGCAUCCUCCGAAAGAGGAACAGCGAGCCCGUGGGCCUGGGUCCUGUGCGGUCCCCUCCACUCUCGCUGUUGGCUCUAGGGAUUAGGGAGCAUGAGCUGGUGACAGGUCUGGCCCAGUUCGACCUCCAGGCUGCCAAGGGCCCGGAGGAGCUGGCCCCGCUGACCGUGAAUGACUUCAGCACAAUGGAGCUGGCGUCCGUGGGGGAUGAGAGCCCGCAGUCCCUGGGCGCCAGCAACGGUAGCCCGACGCUCGUGGGCAGAGGUGCCCAGGGGGGUCCCAUCCUGGCCCCGGGGGAUGGCAGCGCUGCCCCGGAUGAGCCCAUCAGCGCGGCUCCGGUAUCUGAGGGCAGCAGCGACCCCGAGAACCAAGAUCCUGGGCCUCUGUUCUACGUCUCGGACACCACCGACUGCUCGCUGAUCCUGGACUGCUCGGAGGGAACCGACUCCAGACCCGAAGGGGCGGAUCCGGGGGAGGGGGGCGACGGAGAGGGCUCCGUGUCCUCCAGGGCCGGGGAGACGGGCGGCAGCCAGGUCUCCUCAAACCCCGCCCGCAACCCGCCUGCGGAGGCUCCCAUUGCCGCCUCCGCCUCCGGCGGCUCCGUCUCGGGGAAGAGCGAGCCGGGCUGCGAGGGAGGCCUGCCCACGGACAGGACGGCCAGAGGAAGGGAAGUGAUGGCCCCGAAGAGGAGCCCCCUCAAACAGGCGUCGGCGGGGGCGUCCAGGGCGGGGCCUGCCCGGCGGGGCGCGGGGGCGGCAGGGCCGGUGCGGGCGCUGACUGGCUGGGAGGGCGAGAGCAUGCGCAAGGUCGUGCCCAUCUCGCGCGCCGGCCGCGCGCCCCCCGCGGGCAAGCGUCCCCCUCGCGAGGCCCCCGGCGGUGCUAACCCGCCGGCGCCGGUGUCGCGCCGCAGCUCGGUGCUGGGGCUCCCGAACGCGUCGCCCGGGAGGCCAUCGACGGCGGCCCGGCCCGGGAGGGAACCCCCAGCGCCGCCCAGGAGCUCCUUCAGGAAGCCCAGCGCCAAGCCCCUGCGCAAUGUCCCGCGGCAGAAGCCCGAGGAGAACAAGAUCUGCCGCUCCGGCUCCCAGGGCCCCGACGGCCCCGAGGAGCCGCCCCGCGCCCCGCCGGCCCCCAGCGCGCCCCGCGGCCCGGCCCCGGUCCCCAGCUUCGCCCGCAACACGGUCGCCUCCUCGUCUCGGUGUCAGAGGACCGACUCCCCCCCUGUGGCCAGAUCCCCGGGCCUCACCCGGACUGUGUCGCAGCGGCAGCUGAAGGUGAAGGGUGGCCUCGAGGACGCUGCCCCCAAGGACAGCGGCGCCCUGCGGCGGGCCGGCCUCGCCCGCGCCCCCCGGAAGGGGCCCGAGUCGGCCGAGGGCCCCGGAGACAGCGCCCAGGCCCCGCCGAAGGGCCGCGGGGCCGGGGAAAGGGCCUCCUUCCGGCUGAAGGACGCCUGUCGGGGGGCGCUGGGGAAGGGGCUCCAUCCCUUGUGGAAGUGAGGGGCGUCUGCGCUCCCCUCUCGCCUCCUGGGGUUCGGGUGGUGAGGACUGACUUCUGUGAAAGGCCGACCCCGAAUGUCUGUUCCACAUAAAGUCCUCCGCCGGGGCCACCUGCCAGUGCUCCUGUCACCGAAGGUGCAGCUGUGGGGCCCACCUACCAUGCCACGCUGACUCCGGCUGGACGGACGUCCCGCCGCCAUGGGCAGGCGUCUCCGCAGCGCCCAGGAGGUGGACCAGGCGGACCCCGUCUCCCAAACAGAACACAGAGACCCGUGAACGACUCAGACGAGGAAAAUGACUUUCCUGUGUAACAAAUAAAAGAAGAUUUGGGGCCAGUUUUUGUAUAUCAAUGACUUAUUUUUUAAUAUAAAAAUUAAACGUUGUUUUAGUUGGUUCCUUUCACGGCGUGAAGUGCGUCCCAGGGGGAAAAUGGUGAAGAUGUUUUUAUCUUCCUGUGUUCCCUGGCCUCAGGGCUCCACCUGCCCACCCCGUGCAUAGCUGGCAACUGGACUUCCGCAAGCCCUUGGGUGUUCUGUGGUUGGCCCCGUCUUCCUGAAGACUUUCUUCUUUGCUCAUCUCACCCUGCUGACUUUGGUGAGGGUUUGGGUGUGGACAGGAGGGAAAGUGAGACUGGUGGACGGAAAUCGGGUGCUCCCGUGUGUUGGGACAGGCACCGUGGGCAGUGGGGCAAGUCUCCCCUGCAGGUGGGUGGCAGCCCCUGGGAGAAUGCUGAAGCUUCCAGAGUUUAGAGGUGCCAUAUUUUGAUGGAAGGUCAUCAGGGACUGUUCAGCUGAGCACAUCUUUCCCGUUGUGUUUUCUCAUUUGAGUAUCUGUUGCAAAACUGAGUGAAGGCUGCUAUGACCUGUGUUCGCUCUAGUUACAGGGAAGAAUAAACCCUUCAGUCUCCCACUCUUUCCUUUGCUAAUGUGACCUGGAGCCUGGAGAGAAGCUCUCUCCUCUCACCUCUCUCUCUCUCUCUCGAUGAUACUUUUUAAUGUUGCUGUCUGUUGUUUGGUACAGUGGUUUUAAAUCCUGAGAAAAACCAGAUCAAGUUCUUAAAAACAGAGCAAAAAAAAAAAAAAAAAUGAAAUUGCUUUAAGAAGAUUUUAUAUUAGGAAAUUUUUGAAAA